AUGCAUCAACAUCAGAGGACUUCAACUCAAAUGAACUUCAAAUUGCACAAAUUGAACAACAUUUUAGGUUUUGGUCCUUUUGCACGGUUCCUGGCAAAAACCAUGGUAAAACAAGGCCAUUCCAUAAGGGCCACAUCAAGAUCAGACUACACAGACCUCUGCAUUCACUUGGGCGCCCUAUUUUUCAGGAACGGAGAUAUGACUGCGUUUCUUGAAUCAAACAACGAUGUUAUACUGCUAUGCGCAUCGAUCCUGUCAGUGUCAAAAGUCAUCAAGUCAAUUCCAUUCCAUGCCUUGAAGCAGCCUGCACUUUUCGCCGAUGUACUCUCAGUUAAAGAGUACCCAAGAGACCUGCUGCUCCAAAUUCGGAUGUGCUCUGCACUCACCCGAUGUUCGGGCCGGAGAGCGGGAAAGAUGGUUGGAAAGACUUGACUUUUAUGUUUGAUAGAGUUCGAAUAAGAAAUGUAGUUACAUGCUCCAGUUUCCUUCGAAAUUUUGCAAGAGAGGUAAGCACUAAUUUCUUGUAGCAGAUUUCAGUAGUAAAGAGUUUUAAUAUCCUUUAUCAACACAAAAACCAAGUUUCCUAUAAUCCUCAUUGAACCCAUGUAAAACAUUAAUAAUACUGUACAACAUAACAGCUCAAAUUCAAGGCCAACUACUCUAAAAGGGUUAUUAAAAAUUUAAUUCCAAAUUAAUAAUUAAUUUUAACAACACAUCUCAUUGGACUCACAAUUUUUUAUCAAAUUUUCAACUACAUAUUUCAUUGGUCCAAAUCAAGUUAAUUUUGUUGAGUUAAAGAACAAGGGGUCUCUUUUUAAUGGUCAAGGUGAAGUGACGACAUUUUCUUUAUAUAUAUAAGAGCAAUCGAUUUAAUUAAAGAAAAAAAAUUUAUAUUUGGUGACAUGUUGAACAUCGAGGCUAACUUUUAGAAUUGAAUUCUCUAAUGUUUGUAUUCAAGUGAAGUAGAGUAAUAUGCAAAUAUAGGAAUGUUUGAGGAUUGUUUCAAGUGAUGAAUAGAUAAAAUAAGCCAAUGGAGUGUGUGUGUGUGAAAAGGGGGCCUCGUCAGAUACUUUUAUAAAGAUUCGUUCCAAAUUGACAGUUCCCUCAACCUCAUCCAGAGCGCUCUCUCAUAAUCUACUUAUCCAGAUGUAGAUGAUAAGCAAGUUGCCUUGUCAUAAUUAGCUAAACAAUUAUUCUCCUAAAAGGAAUGUCGUGUAGAUGGGUGAGCUGUUAAAUCAUUUUAUUAGCAUGUUAUAUGAGUAUUAAAUAUUUCAAAAUAUUUAAAGUUAUUUUUUUAAAGCAAUAAGAAAGUAUUUAGGUGAUUUUACCCUAGUUUGCACUUUUGUGAAUGUGUUUCCACGGUGUAUAAUCCUAUAUGGUUAUUUUACCCACUCUAUAUUGGUGUGAAUGUAUUUCCACAGUGUAUAAUCAGUUAUGAUGAUUUUAUCCGCUCUACACUAUUGUGAAUGUGUUUCUAUAGUGUAUGACUAGAUUAUAACCUUUUGGGUAGCUCUACGCGCGUAUGACCAGAAUUACAGAAUUUUAUAAUCUCAGAAUUUUCGAAUUAUCAGAAUUGAAUAGCUUUGUCAUGUAUAUCAGUAUUAAUCAAUACAUGAGUAGGGCUAUUUUAGGUACAUUUUUGUUGCGACUUUUCAAUAUCAUGCAGCUUAUCAAAUUUCAGAUCACAGAAUUUAACUUAUUCAACUUAAAAAAUGAAGAUUUUAGCUUAUAUUACGAAGAAAGAAUAUUUAUAUUAUAUACAUUUUUCAGAAUGUUGGUUUAAAUGGAAAAAGUAUAUUUAUUUGGAAAAUAUCCACUCAUUGAGUUACAAACUCAUAUAUUUUGUCAUCCUUUUCUUAACGAUAGUAGCUGAGUUGAGCAGCAUUGGAGCAUGUUGAUUUAUCGAGUUGAGCCAUACAUUCGUUAUUUGUCCGAUUCAUCUUGUUAGUUUAUAUAGUUCAUAUUUUUGGGAUACAUGAAUUUUUACCAGAAAAAGUAUCUAUAUAAUGGGUUCACUGCAUAUUUUUGUAUAUGUUGUGUAUUUGGAGUCGUCUGGUUAAAGGAUGUAAAUUUCAUUCCAAUGCAUUUUAAUUUGAAUAGUUGGUAUUCUAAGGGGUUGGUAUACCCUGUUUUUAUCUUAUAUGUAUUGAUUUUAGAAAAUUGAUUAUUGUUCAGGUCCUUUUAGUCAAUAUUUUAGAUGAAAUUCUAUCAAUUUUUUUUAAAAAUUCAUUACAGUUAAAGCAGAUUAAAAUUGCCUUGGUAGUGGGUUCAGUACUUCGUUGGUAUCUACCAUCGACGCACGACACGUGUCGGGUCCACUAGGGUAAUUUGGGACUGGUCAUGUCAUGUACGCUUAUAACUAUCAUUAUUUUUAUGUUUCUUAUGUUCUCUUUACAAUAAUAUUUAAUUCAUUUAGUACUAUUGUAAUUAAUAUAUGCUCCUUCAUAUUUUAAUUAUGGUUAUACUGAAUUGGUUUUGCA